UUAGGUGGAGCCUGGCAGAAGGUUCAACAGGUGCAGCUAUUGCACAUCACUGAUACUCACUUCAGAGGGGAAGAUCUCUGACUGGCAUCCUCCACGGCUAGCUGGGAUCCAACAUGGAUGAACCUGAAAUGGGAGGAGCUUAUUUUGAUGUCCUCACGGCAAAUUGCACUGGCCUGCCACAGUCCUCGCAACCCUUCAGAAACAGACGGGUCAGGAAGGGGAAUCACCUGAAGACGGCACCUCGCAGAGCGCCAGUGGGCGAUGGAGAGGGCAGCCAUUAUCUGUCGGUGGACAUGGCUGCAGGCUCAGGUUUCAGACCUGGAAUACCGCAUCAGGCAGCAGACAGAUGUUUACAAGCAACUCCGUGCCAACAAGGGCCCAGUAGUCCUGGGUGAUCUCCAGCAUGAGGGUGUGAUGAAACAGCAGGUUCGACUAGGCUCCACAGCAGCAGUGAACUCCAGGAAGAACAAAGGGCUGCCGCCGUCUUCCUCCCACCUGAAGGUGCCUCCAGGAGGCCGGCAGUGUGACUUGUCCCCUUGCAUCCCCUCCUACCUCCUGCAGAAUGCAGAGAAGCAGAAUUCUCACCUUGCGCAGUCUUUAAGAAAACUUGUGUGUCAAAAUCCCUCCCGUACACCCAUCAAUGGGUCUCCAGAGCCCCCAAAAGCCUGCACAGCACCCCAUCAAGUCAACGGAAUAAGUAACUGUUUCAACACAUGCUCCACCAGCAACUCCCAGGAUGGUGUGGAUGCUGACCGGCUUCUCAAGAAACCGAAGCACCUGAACAGCAGCCUGCCCGUUGCACCGUCUGCCCUUGACAACAGCUGCGUUGCUGCGAGAAUCCGUCCAAUUUGCAGAUACAGGAAGCGGAGGCUGGUGAGAGUUAAUGCAGUCUCUCACCUUGGUAGAAAGCCACAGAAGCCCCUCAGCAUGAAGUGCAGCUGUGAGCAGCCCAGGUCCUGCAUCUUGUGUGGCUGUAAGGCUUCUGUUCAGACCAUCGACCCCAAGACAAUGUCUUUAGAGGAGCGGGUGGCCCUGCUGGACCCUAGCUUUCACCCCAUACUCUCACUUUCCCAUGGCAACCCUCUUCAUUUACAUGUUGAAGCCUUGCUAAGAGAGGAUCACAAGCUAAACCAAAAACUUAAGUCUCUGAAGAAACCGCACUGGGGGUUGAAAGACCUUACCAAUAACAUCUGCUCACCUUCUCUCUCUGCAUCUGGUUCUCCGGUGAAAGGGCCGGCCAGUCCGAGCUCGCUUGUUCCUAGCCUUCAGACCCACAAGCCCAACUCCUUGCAUCACGUGCCAUCCCUGUGCCUAGAAAAUGCUCCCUCCACGCACUCCAGCCAGGCCGCUGGCAAUUCCACGGCUGCCGGCAGCUCCGCGUUGCCGGCAAAGAAGAAAAGAGUGGAAUGUUCCUACGACAUCAACAACAUCGUCAUCCCAAUGUCAAUGGCUGCAGCCACACGGGUGGAGAAGUUGCAGUACAAAGAGAUUUUGACGCCAAGCUGGAGAAUGGUGGAUCCCAAAGAACUGAAGAUGGUCGAGGCAGACUCCGAGCUGGAAGAUACAUCUGACGAGGCAUACCUGAACCAUCACCAAAAAUAUGAGGAGGUGGAACGGGCCCGCUGGGAUUCCUGGACUGGAGGCGUUUCACAUAAGCGAGGAAACAGGAGCGCAAACAAGCCAGAUGGCCGAUGGAUGCCUCCGCCGGGAUCUCCAGAUGUGGCAUCGCAGAACCUCAGCCAGUCCCAGUGCGCAAGCUCUCCGGCAGGGUCUCUCAGCCCAGAGCUUUCCAGUGCCCCAGCACCCCACCUGAUAAGGAGCAGAAGCAGAGGGGGCCUGUCCUUCAGUGAAGACACCGGUUUCUCCUUCUUGGAUAUGGAUGAUGAUCUCCAGAACGUCCAGCCAUGGGAGCCCCGCACAUUCCCUCUCUCUGAUGCAGAGUAUGAAGCCCUUCAGGACCUGUUGUGUGAAGGUCAUGAGACACAGGCCAGCACCAUCCACCCAUUCAGCUCUGGAAGCAAUCAGGGCUUGAGGACUAGCAGCAUAAGUUCAAGCACUUCUAAUGCCCGGGAGCCAUCUGUGUCCAGCAGGCAGGUGCAGCCGGAGAGCAGCAAGCUGCAGCGAGAGGAGCAUGCAGGCCAGCGCUGCAUCACACCGAUGCUCAUCAACAACAGAUGAGUUUUGGGGCCCUGGGAUAGCAUAUGGUAGAGUUGCACCCAUACUCUCUGGAUCGGUGUCGCAGAGCCUGGCUGGCGACCCGGCCUAGCAAAGCCGUGGCAGCAGGAAGCACUGCUGUGCACCGAGUGGACGUCCAGCUGUGAACUUGGAGCUCCUGCUCCCCCAGGGCAGAAAGGGCUGGGCAGGCAGCAGAGGCCAGAUGCUGGGCCUCCGUGGCGCGGGAAGAGGGUGCCCUCCAGAAAAGCCCAUCUGCAGGCAGAUUCUGGACGGAAGAACCCGUGCGCCUCACUGGCCGGAAGGUUAGGUGCUGUUGCCACUUGAGCAGCGGCCCAAGGAAACCCAGAAGGGGCGCGGCAGAGAAUUGGAAAGGCAUUGCAGAGAGGGGUACGCUAAGCUGAGCUGUUUCGACAUGGGUGCCUGUCACACAGGGAGCACUUCUUUGAAGGGACGCCACUCGGCUGAACAUGCAGUCAGUCCUCAAAGGCCUUCAUGCCCACGGGCAGGCAAGAGUUAAGUAUUGCUUGUGGAGACUCGCUUGCACAGUUCACAGGUUUUGUCCCAAAACCACAGAGAGCAAGGAGGGAUUCAAGUGAAGGAUGGUGGGGGGGGGGGGGGGGGGCCCUGAAUACAUGGUCUGCAGGGAAAGAUGGAGCAUUUCCCUGCUAAUUUGACACGUUUUAAAAUUUGAAAAUGUAGUUCUGAAAUCACUGAUACUCUAACGUGCAAAUCAUGUUCUCUUGGCCUUGCAGAAAUGCUAUUGUUGCUGAUAAUAAAUGACAAAUCAUGAUAAAGCUUGUUUUUUACAUUUCCUUCAAAGAACCUGGAAAUCCUGUUCAUUAUAUAUUUUAUCUCUACAAUACAGUGCAAUAAAACGGACUGGAUGGGUGGUUUACACUUCCAGGUGGCCACACGUGUCCCUAACAGGACUUUUCAGGACUAAGCAAAGGGACGCGGGGACCUCCGAUUUUCCCGUUUAAUAAUCUUCAUCUGGAAUAGCCUUGCUAUUUUUAAAACAAAUGGAGCCCACUUCAAAGCAUUCAUUUCCAUUCAUUGUAUUUCUGCAUUGCCUAAUAGCCAAAGCUCUCUGGAAGGUUUACAAAAACGAAUGCUUUAAAAAUACAAUAUAUUAACAUGAUAUAAUGUUUACAGAAAUAUUUUAUGGUAGAUUUCAGAAUUAGCUUCCUCCUGAGUGAAGAGGAGUAAAUUGAGCCUGUGUGUGUUUGUCUGCAUGAGGGAGAGAGUCUUCAGAACAGGCAUGCUUGGGGACAGCUUUCAGCUGGAACGUUGUAAAUAGACUUGCCGGUUGAAAAGGGCCGAUGUGGGUGGUUCAGGUAAAGGAGAAAGCAGCUCAGGCACUCUCUUCCUCCCCCUUCCUAUUCCUUUUUCAUUUAUUUUCAGGCAAAGCUUCGUUUGUCCUUGGGAAUGCUUUUCGGAACUCUUGGUCAUGAUUCAGGUAGCUCACAGUAGCGUCGUUUAACAGCAGCUCAGUUACUUAGGUGGCUCCAUUACCUUUUCAAAAGGCGUUACAGGUGAUUUGCUUAAACCACUCAGCCUGUGAGGGGCAGUGGGGGGGCAUAACUGGGGGCCCUUGAGUCAUGCAGUGGCGCUGGAGGGUUUCCUGAUGCGCAGUCCUAUUUGCCACCAGCAGAAGGGGUUUCUGUGGGACCGAAUAACCAUGUGUUGCUACUGGUUUAAUCGCCUGAACUGAACAACCGUAAGAUUUGCAUUUCCCUGCUAAUAUUUAUAGAUUGGCCAGUCUAAAAGAUCCAAUAUUCAGGGGCAUUCAGAAUGGUUAAAAGCAGUUGCUUCUGCCCAUGGACAGAAAUGGCCGACUCGGGCUGUUCUUCUCAACUGCAGCAUUCUCCCAUCACACCUUAACUAGCAAGGUUUGAUAGCCAGCCCCAACAGUGUGUGACAUGAAAUGGAAUAAGUAUAUGCUCCUAAAACAUGAGUUAAGUCCCAACACAAUUAUUUCUAGGCUAUUAGCAGACCAAAAACAGUGUAGAAAUGAAAAAGGGCCAUCUCAGUUUGACAAUUUUUGUAUCUUCUAAAAUGGUUUUUGAAAUUCAGAGUUUCUAACGUCUAAAUUUAUCUGGUCAUACUUGUAUAUUUUUUCCCCAGUUUUAAUUCAAGCAAGCUAGCACAUAGCAUUUGUGAGGCCAGCAUGGUCUCCUUGGAACACAAUUUGUGUAGUUCUUUGUAUAUUUCUGUUUUUGCAUUUUCAUAUUUUGAACUUGAUGGUCUGAUGAUGACUUGAGUCAGAAAGACUCGAUUCUGAGGAAUGACUUAAAAGCCUGUUGCACAAGCCUCCUAUGAAAGGCGAAAAAUAAACUUAGGGACUCUUACAAGUGUA